UAUUGUUCACAUGACGUUGACUUUUUUAUUGACCAUUGACUUUGAAUGCGAGCCAUUCGAUUCCCUUGACUUUCAGUCUUUUAUUCUCGGAAGGUUACAUUAUUGACUGUCAGAGUCAAAUGUAUCAUGUGGUGUGGAGUUGAGAUUGAUAUGAGCACCAGACAAGCCGGCCGGGUUACCCUGUGUCUGAUGAUUGUCGCCCUGGCCUCCCUAUGUCAAAUGAGUAUAAUCAUACUCCUGGGUUCCCAUACCCGGAACGAUCCUUCCCAGUCCACGGCGGUGCCCCGAACGGGUUCCAAAUGCUUGGGGAAAUAGAAACCUCAAGAAUCAGGGACUACUUGUCCAAGCGGCAUGGACAUGAAGAUCAAGAAGCGAAGCAGAAAAGACCAAAUAAGAAAUCAUGGAAACAGAGGACGGAUAUGUACAUGAGACCAUUUCAACGAAACGUUUUCUUUUCAAAAAGAUUCAUUCAUGCAAAAGUGAUGCAUACAGGUACUAGCAAAGUGGUAUCGGUGGCCACCACAAAUUCAAAGGAAUUAAGAAACACUUUGCCAUCAUGGAUAGACAAUGAGGCUUGCAGAGUCAUUGGGAGGUUUAAAGCCGAGAGAUCAAAAGAAGCAGAUGUGUUUGCAGUUGCUUUUGAAGCAAAAAAGAACGAACGAAUUGAAGACAGGCUCGCUAUUGUUCUUGAUACCAUCAAGGAUACUUAUUGUUUGAAAUCUUUAUAAUUAGAUACUUGCAUGAUCAUAGCUGACAUUCUAUGUUCAAACUCUCAGAUCCUGGAAAUUCUAGUGUUUCUUUCUUUUUUUUC